UAACAAUCAGUUUAAUGUUUCAGAUUCUAAAAUGUUAGAAUUCUUGGGGACGAUAUGGAGUUAUGUAGACCCUAACAAUACAGGAUCUAAUCUACUCCAUUUCUUUAAAGGGUCCUUUGCCUCGACAUUCCUCGUCGGACUUUUUGUAUUUAUUCUUGUCCAGAAAUAUCUAGAAAGUCGUCAAGAUAAUAAGACUCCCGAGGAUAACUAUUUCGCCGAGAAAGAAAUCCGCGAAAAAGUUCAAAAUGCGCCAAAGAACGACACAGAUGGAUGCCAAAGUGGUGGCGGCAGCUGUUGCCAGGGCACCGGUGAUGGUAAAUGUAGUAAAUCCACGAAAGCUGUUGGAUUACCUGAUAAAGUUGUAGUUCUGUACGGUACUACAACUGGUAAUUCUAGAAAGUUCGCUGAACAGUUGACAGAGAAACUUAAUGGAAAAGGGGUAACUACUACACCUGUGAUACACCAAGACUGUGCGCAGUACAGUACAAUGAUUGAGGAAGACUUCAAAAAGCUGGCAGCAGAGGGAGCUCUUGUGAUUAUUCUGAUAUCCACGUAUACGGACGGAACCCCUCCUGAGUCAAGUUCCUGGUUCUACACCUGGUUUAAGGAUUAUGCUCAUGAUUUUAGAGUCAACAGAUCAGUAUUUAAAGAUUUGAAGUUUUGCAUAUUUGGGCUUGGAAACUCUCUUUACGCAGAGAAUUUCAAUAGUGUAGCAAAGGAUUUGGAUUCAUUUAUGCACCUGCUGUCAGCACAAAGGUUUCUUCCCUUGUGUCUCGGAGAUGAAAACGUGCUUGAGAGUAAGAAUGGAAGUAUUGAGAAGGAUUUUCAGAGCUGGAGCGAAGAGGUUGAGAACAAGAUAUCGAGGUCUAUGAUUGAACCUAGCACUGACCUCUCACCCGAGGUAUCAGACGAGGACAGUAUUUCAGCCUCGGAGGGUGAGGAGGAGGAUGAGGACGAGGAUGCAGAUGAUGGAUUGGUUGAUCUAGAGGAUCUGGGGAAGGUUAUGAAGAAAAGAAAGAACCCUGAAUCUGUUGGUCAGCCAAAGGAGAUGGUAACAGAUCAACUACGUAAGAGUUUAACUAAACAAGGAUAUAAGAUUAUUGGAUCUCACUCAGGAGUUAAACUUUGCAGAUGGACCAAGGCAAUGUUGCGAGGUAGAGGAGGAUGUUAUAAACAUACUUUCUAUGGUAUUGAGUCUCAUCGUUGUAUGGAAACUACUCCUAGCCUAGCAUGUGCAAAUAAAUGCGUAUUCUGUUGGAGACAUCACUCCAACCCUGUUGGAACAGAAUGGAGGUGGAAGAUGGAUGAUGCAGAGAUGAUCUUGAAUGGAGCACUGGAGAAUCAUUAUAAGAUGAUUAAUGAGUUUAAAGGAGUGCCUGGUGUACUUCCGGAGAAAUUAGCUGAAGGGAUGCAGGCCAAGCAUUGUGCUCUCUCUCUAGUCGGUGAACCAAUCAUGUAUCCAGAAAUUAACAAAUUUGUCACCUUGCUCCAUAGUAAGGGAAUCUCAUCUUUCUUAGUAACCAAUGCCCAGUUCCCUGAUGCAAUCAGGGAUAUGUCACCCUGUACUCAGCUCUACGUUUCAAUUGAUGCAUCAACUAAGGAUUCUCUGAAAAAGAUUGAUCGUCCUCUCUUCAAAGAUUUCUGGGAAAGGUUUAUGAUGAGCUUAAAGGAAUUAGAUAAAAAAGGACAGAGAACAGUCUACAGGCUGACACUGGUGAAAGGAUGGAAUGCUGAGGAGAUGGAUAACUACGCUGCUCUGGUGAAACUAGGAAACCCGGAUUUUAUUGAAAUUAAAGGAGUUACUUUCUGCGGGGAUUCCAAAGCUUCAAGUUUAACUAUGGAGAAUGUUCCUUGGCACGAAGAAGUUGUCAAGUUCGUUCAAGAACUAGUUGAUAGAUUACCUGAUUAUGAGAUAUCCUGUGAGCAUGAGCACUCUAACUGUGUCCUUGUCUCUCAUAAGAGGUUUAAAGUUGAUGGCAAGUGGAAUACAUGGAUUAAUUAUGACAGGUUUCAUGAGUUAGUUCAGAGAUAUUACGCGUCUAACGGUCAGGAAUCCUUCACAGGCAAAGACUACAUGCAGGAGACCCCGAACUGGGCUGUUUAUGGCAGUAAUGAGAGAGGAUUCGAUCCUGCAGAGAAAAGAUGGAAGCGGAAAGGCAAGGUUGAAGUGAAUGUGGAUGGUGGCUGUGGUUAAAAAUGUGAAAAUUUGUGAUGAAAUGUAAAUUUUUUCAGA